GUUCUCCCUCGCUGCUCUCUGUCUGCAUCUAUUUGUUCUCUCUCCCUCGCUUUCUCUCUCCCACCCACACAGACACACCUACACUGUCUUUCCUGCUCUAAAGUUUAUGCUUCUUGUCCACCUCAUGUGUAAGAAGCACUUCUCUCACUUCUUCCCUUUCAAGGAGACUUAUGUAGGGAAGCAUCCAGGUUUGAUCCAAAUCACCUACUGAAAUCCCUUUGUGUCAUGACUGGUGAAGUCCAGUCGGAUUGUGAUGUCAUCUGUGUGGGACGUUGCGGUAAGAUGUCCAUUCAGAGUACGUCAUCAUGGUGUGACCUUUGACCUUGGUGUGGGUUUAUUCCAGGUGGAGUCAACCCAGAGUAUGAUCCGUAUCCUGGGUCUGUCGGCCACGCUGCCCAACUUCCUUGACGUGGACUCCUUCCUCCACGUCAACCUCUACAUUGGACUCUUCUACUUCGACAGCCACUUCAGACCCGUGCCCCUCGGACAGAGCUUCGUAGGCAUCAAGACCACCAACAAGAUCCAGCAGCUUCAUGAUAUGGAGGAGGAUUGCUAUGAGAAGGUUCUGGAGCAGAUCAGAAAUGGACAUCAGGUGAUGGUGUUUGUCUCGCUCGUAAUGCCCCGGUGAGGACAGCCAUGGGGCUGAUCGAGAUGGCUAAGAACCUUCUUCCAGCCAGACCAUGGACCUGACUACGGCCAGUGUGAGAAACCA